UCUCGGACUGAACAAGAUGACGGAAAUAUAAAUAUGCCUGUGGCUGCAUGCUCCGCCCCGAUCCAUUCCCUAGAUCAACCACCAUCUCCCUAAACCUCGUUCUCGUUUUAUUGGGCUUCAACUAACUAACUGCACCCGACAUUAAACAAGAUGCGCUUCUUCAUCUUCACCAUCGGAGCUCUCGUCUCUGCCGCAGCCGCCCAGAACUGCACACCAGGCAGCUACCGGUGCAGAUCACCUACAUUCCCCGCUGUGUGUGACCAAUCAGGCCAGUGGGUCGUCCUCCAGCAGUGCCCCAACGGCUGGAUCUGCAUUGAAAACAACGGCAGCGUCAACUGCACUCCUGCAGGGACCUAGCUCGUCUUGCUGCGAUACCAAGUAUAGCCGAGGUGGUACGAGAGCGUCAGCUUCUUCUGGCACGCUCUGGACGACAGUUGAUCUGGUUUCUUCUCCAAGGGGGUCUCCCAGGACACAGAAACGGGCUUCCAAUUCCAGUUCAACCCAGCAGUUAUCUAUGUACUGUACUUGUCCAUUUUAGCCCAUCGGCAAUACUAGACUUUUACAACUUCUUCUUCUCCACCACGACUUUAGCGGACGGUCCACGGUCAGGUCCGGCAACA